GACCGUUACAGCAAACCACUAACACCACUGAUGCUGGAGCAGCUGGACCUGCGUAUCCAUCCGGAGACGGCACGCACGCCGAGCCAUGGCUGGGAUGACGGGGAGUACAGCGUAACCGUGGAUGCUUAUCCGCAGAUGCAGGCACCACAGCACUCUGGUGGCCGCGAAGAAGAAACAGGAGGAGGAGGAGGAGGAAGCGGUGUGACAAGGGGAGUCAAGCGCACACAACAGCCGCAGCCGGGCAGGCCAGUGUCGCCAUCGCCACCGCCGCCAGCGCGCAGUGAACGCGUGGUGGUGAUGUUGGACGAAGGCGGGGAGCAAGCAGGGCUCGUGGCAGGCCCAAGUAGCCACCCCCGCCACCAGCAGCACCAGGAUAAGUAUCACCACUACCCUGACGCUGCUGCUGGUGGUGGUGGUGGUGUGCGUGGCCCAUCUCGACGGCGAACACAACCGCCGCAACGACGACGCCCUGCCCGCGCAUCCAUGCGACGGUCCAAGCCACCACCGAAGCACACCAACCCUCCAUGGAACGACCGCUUCUUUGCCAAGGAUGAUGAAGCAGACGAACAACCGAGUGCCGUGGCCCGGUUCCAGGAGAAGCUUGCCCUGCAGCUGCAGUCGCCAACACACCCACAACAGCAGCAACAGCGUCGAAAGGCGACGGGCGCCGGUUCCAAGAAGGGUAAGGUGAAGAAGAACACAAGACAGCAGCAGAAGAAGAACACCGCGAAGAAGCAACCGCGAACGCAGGGGGUCAGGGCAAAACCAACGCACAUGAUCCCACGCCAGCCGUCACACCGCCCACCAACUGGUGCAACUCCUGCCGUGCCAACAGCAACAACACCGACACCAACAACGCGAACGACGGCGGCACCCACGGGUCACCAUCCAGCACGCCCUGUUGCAAAGGGAAGCAAGGGCGCUGCUGCUCCACUCACGGCGUCGCAACGGCUACGACUGCGCGUGCGACAGGAACGGGCGAUCCAACACCACCACGCCAGACAGCAAGGCCAUCACCUCCAGCACCACCACCACCAGCAGCACCACCACCAGCAGCAGCAGCAGCAUCAGCAACCGAGACAACAGGCAGACCGCAGCCGUACCAGACCUCAGGUCCCACGUCACCGACCGUGGCAUGUUCACCGACAGCACGGCGGUGCGAUCGAGGGUGUCAACCACCGUGUCGAUGACGAUGAUGUCGAUGGUGAUGGCAAUGAUGGCGCAGUGUUGGCGGCAGCAACGGAGCGUGGCCUUGCACUGCUGAACAGAGCACAUCGCAGCCGUCCUCACCAUCAGCAUCAGCGACAGGAGCGAGGGCAUCAUGGCCACGUGCCAUUAUCGCUGCGCACGGCGGCCACCGGGUAUGCGCGCGUCAGUGGUGAUGAUGGCUAUGAUGGAGGCUACGCAGGCGGUGGUGGUGAUGACGAUGGCGUGAUGAGCACGGGAAUGCGCACACGAACGGUGACACCCACAGCGUCCAUCAGAGGAGACACGAGAGGAGUCACAAGGACAACAGGCGGAACGCCCGCACGAACAUCAACUCAGCACAGCAACACUCGCGCACACAGACCGUACCAGCCACCACAUCACCAACAACAGCCCCCGUCACAGCCGCAACGACAGCAGCGAAAGCGGCAGCAGCAGAUGCAGCAACGACAGCAGCAACAGCAGCAACAGCAGAUGUUUGCGGCUGAAGGGCUUGGGUAUGGUGUGACGGAGGAGGAGGAGGGGAGUGACCGUGCGGACAGGCAGACAAUGACGUGUGGGGUGCAGGUUGACAUGGACACCAUGGCAGAUGCCCCUGCGCGCACAGUUGAAGGCGACCGCGCAUGUGCACAGGAUUCACUGCGGCGCAUGGACGGUGGCGGACAACCCGUCCGGUCGAGUGCGCUGGAGGCGUUUUUGGAGGAGUCGAUUCGAUUCAUUUCACACGCGCUGGCAGACGACGCCGAUGCUGCUGCGGUGGAGGACGUGUAUGCGGCUGGCACGCACCACUAUCAACAACAACAACAACAACAACAACAACAACAACAACAACAACAACAACAACAACAACAACAACAACAACAACAACAACAACAACAACAGCAGCAGCAGCAGCAGCCAUCAUUGCUGCCGCAACAAGUUGGCCGGACAGCAACAGCAGGAACAACUAAAGCGACAGCAACAGGAGAGAGCCGGACGCCACACACCGUUCAGCGAAUGAGCGAGCGGGAUCUGAAUGCGCUGGUGGACAGGCUGCUCGGCGUCUCCGUGCGCAGCGACGACGAGGAGGACAACGAAGGCGAUGACGACGAUGACGACGAGGAGGAAGAUGCUCAUCUUGAUGGCCGCGGUACUGGUGGUCGCGAUCGCUGGCAAUUCCGCCACCGCCACGAUGGAGGUGAUGGAGGUGAUGGAGGUGAUGGUAGUCGGUUUGGUCGCACUGGUACUGGUAUCGCUGGCAAUGGUGUGGCUGCAGUUUCCACGAGACACACGAGAACACACGCGCCACCACUUCACAUCUCGGGCAACCAGGAUUCCAUCCACAUGCACCACCCUCUCCAUCACCAUCACCGCAGCAUCAGCGAACGGCAGCACCACUCGCCUUCAAGCGUCCCCAGCGGCGGUGGCAGCGACGUGAAUGUGUCGCGUCACAUCAUCUCGUAUGACGGUCGUCCACACGAUGCCAGGGAGAACCAACGCGCAGCAAGCAGCAGCGGCGAUGCCAGUAACUGCGCCCACCAUCCCCUUGAUCAUCAUCAUCACCAUCAUCGUCAUCAUCAUCGUCGUUAUGGCGGAGAGCGGGCGCUGGGAAUGCGCCCCUUUCCCUCUCAGGAAUGCAUUGACCGCCUGUACCGCUACCAGCGGUCGAUGCACGUGCUUGCGCCGGGACCGCCCGCCGCCGCCGUCAACAGCGCCGUUGACGAUCUCUUUGCAGCGGCGCUGGAGUCGGUAUUGGGGGAGACGAUUGAUGCAAUUGACAGCAAGGCACUGCGCCUGCUGCAGGACGAGUUGGGGAAUGGCGCCGUGUCAUCGCGGUCGAAGGGUGCACCAGCACCGACAGAGCAGCCACCGCUGCAGCCGAAGUGCUAUCCAUCGCUGUCCUCGCCAUCGUCGUCACUGGGGCUGGGCCAGGAGAGCAGGGGCCACGCUGCACGGUGGCAGCAACGACGACAACAACAACAACAACAACAACAACAACAACAACAACAACAACAACAACAACAACAACAACAACGACGACGACGACGACAACAACAACAACAACAACAACAACAACAACAACAACAACAACAACAACAACAACAACAACAACAACAACAACAACAACAACAACGACAACAACAACAACAACAACAGCAGCAGCAGCAGCAACACGGCGAUGUUGCAGCGCUGGAGCAGGCGUAUCUUGAUGAGGAAAGCUUUGAAGACGUUGAUGUCGCGAGUCACAGCAGUCAUCAUUCCGACACCGGCGCGUCGGACCUGGAAUCCGCAUCCAUUGCGCAAGAAAGCGGACAGAACCGCCGCCAGCGCAGGGAUCACGUGGAUGGGAAUGGUCGCGUGUCCAGUGCACGGUCUGUUUCGUCAUCCGUCGCCUCAUCAAUCGCCACUGCAACCAACAGCCACGACGACGACAUCAAGGCCAAGCACAAUGAUGAUAGUAGUGGUGGUGAUGAUGGUGAUGGUGGUGACGGAGCUGCUGCGCAGUACUCUGAUGACUUUGACGAUGACGAUGACGAUGACGAUGAUGACGGGGUGGUGGGUGGAGAAGGGGAGGAAAGCAGCGGUGCAGAUGCAGGCAAGCGAGAGGAAGAGAGUGACAGCAUUGCACUGAGUGACGAUGACGACGUGAUGCAAGAUUCGACCACGCAUGACGAAACACAAAUGUUUGACAGGUCCGUGGGCAGCCAGUUGCACUUUCAUCUCGGAACCGCCGCAGACCUCUCCUCCAUCAGCUCCGAAUCGUGACUUUGGUGUGUGUUGUGUGUGUGUGUGUGUGUGUGUAUGUUUCCUUCCUCACCCAGUCAGUCGUGCGUGCGUCCUGCAUCUAAUGCAAUGCAACCCCUCGCCAUAUCCUUUUUGUCUGCUUCAUUGACUGUCGUUGUCAAUUAUACUGUCCUUUCACGCCCCACGCCCCCACUAGACCCACGC